AUGGGCUGCCCCGCAGCUCUGGCCUUCGUGAUUGACUGUGCUUGCCGAGCACUCGUCACUCCGAAGGAAAACGCCUCCCUCGGGCAUUGGGUGCUUCCCGGGCCUUCUCACCAGCCUCACGUGGCAGAAGAGGUUCCCCACCAAGAGGGCCUGCGGGACCAUCCUCUAGCAACCCGAAGCGCUCCGCCAGUGGAUCUGGAGGUUAAGCAGCCGCUUAUGGGCGACCAACAGCGGCACGAAGAGCUUGCAAAUCGACUCAAUCACCACUUCCUUGGCAAAAGUGAACAAAUAGGUAGCCUAGCCUAUGACGAUUUGUUGGAUAAACAGAUCCUCAUAGAGGAAAAGCUCGAAAUAGCGCUACUUAACGAGGGUUUUAGUAGAGACCGGAUUUUAGCGAAUCGCUAUGAAAUUAGAGAACUUAUAUUUUAUAAAGAGGGAGUUCCACUCAAGGAAGAAACGUUGGGGAUGCACUUAGCCCAGAUCCAAAGCGAUCCUUUCUCAAACAUCCCAUAUCGUAAAAUCCAGCGAUCUAUAGGGAAUUUGGAUCUGUUUUUUUUUCUAAGUAGAGGAAUUCUACGGUUGAAAGGGAUGGUGAGUGCCCUGGGAUUCACAAACAGAUGUGGAGUCGUAACAAGGUAG